CAGUUUGGAGCAUCAUUCUACAAUCUUCCUACCGUCUACAAAAUGUCUACCAACUGGCUGCAUCUGCUGGGCUUUCUGGUGGCCCUGUUCCUAGCCCUGGCCACAGGAGGAGAAGCUUCACCUUUCGACUCGAAUCGCUUCCGAGCACGGACACAGCCCCGACAAGGAUCCAUGCCGCAAAUACCCACCACACCGCCAUUCAAUCCCUACGGAUGAGGAAAACUAAUGUGAAAAUAAAUCAAUUAAAUAUGAAUCUAAACAAUUAAA